AUGCAACCGCCAUCGCUGCUUUCGCUCACCGUUGACGCGGCGCUCCUCCGCAUCGCCCACAUCACCGACCUCACGGCGGUUCCCGAGCCCAUCCUCCUCGAGCUCUUCCGAGUAAUGAUAAUGCUAGAGGCUGUUCGUCGUAUUUCUAUUUUGAUCAAGAUUGUUGCUGCCGUCGAUGUAUCCCUCUCUUUUUCUGAGUUUGUCCUGAAUCAGUUCCGAUCGGUGGGCUAUAGUUCUUAGUACGAUAAUUUGACCCCAUCAGCGUCGUAAGUCAUCGUUUUCGAACGAUUUGUCGUGGAUAUUUAUUUAUUAUCGUAAAUUGAUUUGAUAUUCGGUAGAUCUCUGUUAAAGCAAUCGGCCAACAGAGAAAAAGGAAAACAAAGAAUAGGCAUGAUUAUUCCUUCCAAUAUGUGAAUCUACCUCGGAAAGGAUCAGAGCUUCCUCACUAAAAUCGAAUUAUCCAUUUUUUUAAUCUCAAUUAACCCUGUUCCUGAAAUUGAUUCACACAUUCGAUCUCACAUUUCUGCUCCCUAGGAUUCGUCGAAAUUAUGGCUAACAGCGAUCGGAACACCUGGGAUCUGCCUCCACUCUAGCUGGCGUAUUCUCCUCUUUCAUUCCAAGUGUACUUGAAACCCUCCUAGGGUAGCUAUCACCAUUCGCUGAAUCUUCAGAUUGUCUAUAUAGAGACCGGGCCAUUGCCUCAUGUCAAGUGAAGUGUCAAUCUGACGGGAUAUGGAUCAUUUUUUUAAAACGGACAUCCUUAAUUCAUUAUUUUCUAACUUAUGUACAACUUAUCAGAAGUAGGCCAACGCAUUUGUUUAUCUCCGAUUUUUUUCUUCUCCCUCUCCCUUUCCCUUUCCCUUUUGAUGGGCUGACAUUCCAUUAGCAUCAUUUCAUUGCAUAGGUAUCACGCUCACGUUUAAUUUUGGAAAGGAACGCAAUCAUGUUCAGUAAAACCGUCAUGUGGCUCGCAUUCUCUCACUAGGAAAGAAGGUGGGCAAAAAAAGAGAUACAAAAUUCAUCUAGUUAGCUCUGUUUCUGUGGCACCCGAGUCUGGCCUCGAGCCAUCCUAAACACACCAUCAGCAUGGUGUGGAGUGUGCUGCCGUGACAUAGCCUUCUGUAAUACAGCUUCAAUGGCUUCUUAGUUAUCCCACGGAGGUUCACAUGAACCUUGUACCGAUGUAAAAGUGGGUGUUUGUUCCUCGUCAGCAAUGCCUUCGUGAGUAGAUUAUCCGUUUAGCGAUUAUAAUAGCUUUAGGUUAACGGAGGUUAGAUUUGAUCAGAGAUUCGAUUUGAUGUAGAUAAUUGGAGUGACAUAAAUGGUUAUUCUUUCUUCUCAGAGGAUCAGAGACCUCAUUCAUAAAAGUGGCUGCGUAUUACAGACUAUAUCUGCAAGUUUUCUGUUUUUCUCACAGGUGGAUGAGUCAUAUUUUCCCUUCCCUUUAAUUCCAACGCGCAUUUGUUAUCAGAACCAUGAAUUCUAUUUUUAUUAACCAGAAUCCGUUUUAUGAAAGUGCAUGGAUGCUUUCUGUUACAAGGGCGUUGCUUCGGUCGAGUUUCUUUUUUGCAUCGACAUUGAGUUCCUGAAAUGGGUUAAUAUUCAUAUAAAGAAACGUAGCUGCCAUUGUAGGCUGUUCAUCAGAGUCCAAAGUUCCCACCCUCUUUCUUUUCAAGACAUUUGAUCAUUUGUAGCCGAAGAGAGAGAAAAAAAAACCUAUUUGUGUGAACUUUUACCUAGUGAAAUUGAGUUUGACGUCAAGGGAUGAUAGAGACUACUAUAGUAAGAGGAAUUGUACACAAAACGAAGAAUUGGGUGAGGUCACAUGACAGUGGAAUGUCCCUUUUUUGAAAGUAAAAAAUGUCUGCCCGGCCUUGAUUGGCCUCCUUUGUUCCAAAGGGAACGCAACUUUAGAUUAUUUGUAGUGUUGAGCAUGCUAAUAUUUUUGAGGGCAGGGGCAGAGUUAAGUUCAUCACUAUUAAACCUCCCGUCAGAGAAAACCUGUAGAGAUUUCCAAUGGCCAGUUUCCGCCGACAAAGGACAUGUAUUCUGCUAAUUUCUCUGAGAAACAUCAACCCUUGCGAAACAACAAGCUGCUAGGAUCUGACACCCUGCCAAAUAUGACCUUCCACGCCACGUUAAGACUACCCCAAUUUCUCUUCCCUGUGCGGACAACAGGAAACACAACAUCACAUGGCCCCCCGCCGGUGGAAAUAUAACCACACAUUGUAUGAGUGAGAGGCCAAAAGAGAAAUGAAAGCCAUUGACAGUUGAAGGCAUGGCUGCUUUCAACUUUAUCACCGAGUAUUUUAUGAUGUUAUUUGGUGAUUGUGCCUGCUCUAGUUAUCACAUCAGACUUGUCUAUGCAUUGUUAAAAAUACGUGGAGGUGUGGGAAUUUUUUGGAAAGUUUAUGUGGGGAGAUAUCAGUCGAUGACGAUUUCUCCUCUCUAAUUUCCUUAACGUCUUUCUAGUCUUCUUAGCUUGGUAACCCCUGUGUAACACAGACUGAUUACUACCCGCAUUCCUUCUUUCCUUGUAUGGGCCUUUCAUGUAUCCCAUGUGUUUUGCAUCUGGGGACGAUCGAUGGAGACAAAGAUAGAAGAUUUGCUAUCCCAGCCCCUGGAAUGCUCUUUUUCAGUGGUAGAGACGGACUCAUGGAAAAUGGAAAUGACAACAACCAUGUGGAUUGAAGAUCAGGGGAAGCAGUUGUAUUAUUAUCGAUAACGCCACUGGACACCAUGGAUCAUCUUGAGGGAGGUUCAAGUGGAGACUGUCAUCCCCAUUAAAAGCCAUUCUCUUGAUGUGGAUGAUCCAAAUUUCUUACAGGUGAUCGGUUAGCUCUUUAUCUCGGUGCCAUCAAUGCCCCCUAUGGUUCAUAUAGAGAGAGGUUUCGUUGGAUCAUCUGCUUCUCAGAUGCUAUUUCUUGAGGGUCAUCGGGCGGAAAAGCUCUUUCUUCCAGGCAAAAUGUGCAUUCAUGAUGACGUCUCCUCAGAGCAGUCCAAGAAAUUUUAGUCUCCUCAGGCGACUGCGAAAUGUGAUGGAUCUCUAGGAUGCAUCAAUCUGGGUCAUGUUGAAUGAGAUCGGCCAGUAAACACUCAAAAUUUUAGUCAGAAUUUUCAUCAGGGCAAUUGUUUUUUUUUUUUUUCUAUACACGUUGUAUGAUGGAUGAACUGCUCUUAGUUUUCGUGUAUCGAUUCUUAACAAUAUUUUUUCCAGGAGCCAAGUUAUUUCUGUAUUCAAUGACUUUGUUGUAGUUUCUUUUUUUUUUCUGGCAUUUUUUUUUUUCUUAAUCUUUAGGAGCCCCUUCUUGUAGCUUCCUGUGAAGGAUUUUGCUGAUUUCCUUCAUGGGCAGAAAACUCUGCACGCCGGCAAGCUUACAGAGAAGAUCCUGAAGCUGUUCAUAGCCACAGACAACGAGAACAUCCUGAACUUCGUCCGUUCCCUCAACAUCCAGCACGUCCUCCUCCCCGUCCUCCCAACAAGUGAGCGAUCGACUGUCUUCCUCUGCUCCUGAGUGUUUCAUCUCUUCUUCUGAUCUUCGUGGCGCUCGGCAGGAUGCUCUGAAAAAUUCUAG